AUGGCAGGGCAGAAACAAGACAGGGGCAUGGCAGUGGCAAUGGGCAGGGGCAAUGGCAAGGGCAGUGGCAGGGCAGAAACAAGACAGGGGAUGGCAGUGAAUGGCAGGCAGGGCAGGCAUGCAGGCAGGGGCAUGGCAGUGAAUGGCAGGCCAGGGCAGGGGCAUGGCAGGGCAGAACAAGACAGGGGCAGUGGCAGUGAAUGCAGGCCAGGGCAGGGGCAUGGCAGGAAGGCAGAAAGGCACAAGGGCAAGAGACAGGGGCAUGGUAGUGAAUGGCAGGCCAGGAGGGGCAGGCAGGGCAGGACAGAACAAGACAGGGGCAUGGCGUGA